AUGGGCCGCAGUCUCAAGCCCCAAACUUUAUACACCAUUCUCCUUAUUCUUGUGUCCAUUCAAGGCCAAGCCUUGUGCAGCAUUCACAAGGUUGGAGAUUUACAUGCUUGGGGCCCUCCCACCUCUGCAAAUCAACAAAUCUACAACAUAUGGUCUAAAUAUCACAAUCUCAGAAUUGGUGACUCCCUUUUUUUCUUGUACCCUCCGAGCCAAGAUUCUGUGAUCCAGGUGAGCAGAGAAGCGUACAACGUUUGCAACUUGAAAGAUCCAAUCUUGUACAUGAACAAUGGCAAUUCCUUGUUCAACAUAACCAGGCCAGGUGACUAUUACUUCACAAGUGGGGUUGAAAGCCACUGCCUUAAAUCACAAAAGCUGCACAUCUCUGUGAACGGAAUUAAUGGGUCCUUUGCUGGGGGAGAUUCGCCUGCGUACGGUCCGUCGGCCGCCGCAGCUCCCUCUUAUCCGACCGUUUUCGGCUCGAUUCCGGUGACCGCUUCUCAGUCUUCUCGUUCGCCGGAAGUUAAUAUUCCGGGCUUUUUCUUGUUCGCGGCUGCGGCUGUCACCCACAUACCAGUCGACGAAGGUCAGCCCCAAACCCACACCACCUCUCCAACCGGUUGCACGAAAAUGACCGUCAACAAGUGCCCUCAACCAUCACCAUCUACAAAGCUCGACUCCCAGCCACCAGAACACCCGAUACUCCCUCUACAUCACCACUGUCGAGCCUUGGCUAACAACACUAGCCAUAUGACAGAACACCAGGCCUUCUCUGCCCUAACCACAAAGCGCAGAGGAGAAAGGGACAAGUAG